AUGCAACUGAAGAACAAAGCGGUGGCGGAAAAAUGGAUCGGAGACGGGGAAAGGGAGCUGCGGCAGCUUGAAUCUCCGCUCACCUGCAGAUCCGGGUCAUCGUUCCUCGAUUUGCCGCAGGUGCUGCCUCCCCACCUGCUUGUACCUGUAGAUCUGGCCGGCUUGACCUUCGCAGAGCUCGCCAAGGCCACCAAUGGCUUCGCGGAGCGCAACCUCGUCGGCUGUGGCGGGUUCGGGGCCGUCUACCGCGGCGUGCUAGCGGAUGGGUCCGUGGUCGCCGUCAAGAAGAUGCUGGACCCGGACCCGGACCGGAACCUGGUGCCACUCCGCGGCUGCUGCAUCGCCACCGACGACAUCGAGGAAGGGAAGCAGAGAUGCGCGCGCGUGGCGGACUUCGGGAGCCCCCGGAGCGGGGUCAUGGAGAAGUUCGUGCUCGUGGGGAUCUUGUGCGCGCACGUGAUGGUGGCGCUCCGGCCGACCAUCGGCGACGCGUUGAGGAUGCUGGAGGGGGACAUGGACGUACCGGAGCUGCCGGACAGGCCGCUACCGUACGGGUACAGCCUCAUGUUCAGCGAAGCCGGAAGCGACUUCAGCGCCUCGCCGGCGUUCAGUGGCCCGCUGGCCCCGUUCAUCACUCUUGUACUGGCUUCUGGGAGAGCUAGCUUGGGUGAAGAUUUGUAUCAAGCUAUAACCACGGAGUAUAUUCCUAUAGAGGAAAUCUUUGUUUCUCUCAGUUUGAAAACUGAGCAUAGUGUGCUCGAGACUAUAAACCGGUUGGAGGGUGCAGUGUUUGCAUGGAACCAAAGGAUUUUAGAGGAAAAGAGCAAGAAGUCCCCAGGACGGCAUUCCUGGAACUUCAUGAAGGAUAGUUCGUCAGAACUUGACAAGAUGUCGGUGCGCAUCGAAAGAGUCGACACUCUUGCGCAGCUUCUGAAAUCCAGAUUCCCCAACCUGCCUCCAACCUUUAUAGAUGUUCUAAAGGUCCAGUACAACAUGGUAAGUUUGGCAUCCCAUCAGCUGUGGAUUCUGAACAAUGUGGAAGAUGUUCGAUAG